GUCAACUGUACAAUGUUUCAUACUUAUCGUGAUUUCCAUGGUUUCAGUCGAUGGAAGUAUACAGUGCACUACACUUGAUUUUGUGAUAGGAAUUUUGAGUCCGAAAGCGGGGGAUUCUCCGCUACAGAAAGAUUUUGAUGCCUUUAGCACCGUAACUAACGAUAAAGUAAGCAAAUGUUUCAGUACGCCAAAUAGCGUCAGCUUGAAUGUUGACGAUGUUUUACAAAUUCCAAAGUCAGGUUGGACUGAAAUAAAACACGGAAUUGAUCAAGCAAUCACUUUUCAAGCCAACACGAAAACCGAUGUAGGUUUAUCCGUUGUGGUUGGCCCUUUCUAUCAAAAUCUGGCGAUGAUACUGGAACACCAUGGAAUACCAUAUGUUGUCACUGACUAUACUGGUUUUGACUGGUCUGAUAUCAGUCUUGUAGAUUCAAAGGUCAAGUGGAAGAAUAUUGUUGAAGUACGUCCUCCGAUGAAAGAAAUCAAUGGAGCCAUUGUCGAUUAUUUUAUAUUAAAGAACUGGGAAAGUGCUGUCAUGAUCAUGCCAGAGCAUCCACGAGAAAAUCAAGAGUGUCAGAAUCUAGCUCAUCAAAUGGUGGAACAUAACAUAUCACCUAUAUCAUAUACAUUAAGAUAUCAGAAGGAGGACAAAAUGAAAGAGAGUACCGAUGAAGUACUCAGAAAUGUUCAACUCCUGGAACAAAAGAAGAUUGUAAUAUGUAGCCCAAGAGAUGACAAAUAUAAUCUUAUACAGAUGGUUUUAGAACAAGCAAAAUUAUUUCGGAUGCUCGUCGAUGAGAGCUUCAGCUUCUUCAUACUUGACCCAUCAGUACACCUCAAGGCUUUGUCGGAGAUCAACAUGUACAGAACAGGCCUGUUUACUGCCAAAUGUGAACUGCUGGCGUAUAGAUACACUGACAUCAGUAACAAUUCAAACAAUUUUCAGACCGGGUACGGGUACGGUGCUGCCGAUGCGGCUCAAAUUAUAAAUGAAGCCAAAUAUUACUAUAUCACAGACAAUGACUCUACAAAGAUCAACACCUUCUCAAAGGAAAUCUAUCUAAAGGCACUCAAAAAUGUAAGAAUAGCUGGUGGGGAAACAGGAUAUGUAGAGUUUAACAAAACAACAGGGUCGAGGAUCGGAUAUUCUUUAUCUCUUUACAAUUAUGGUGGUGCAAAUUUGUUUUCUAAGAUCGGAGAAUGGCAAAAGGUUGAACCAUACGAGAUAGAAGAAAACAACAUAACAACAGAAUAUAUUCCACAACCAGCUGACCGAUUGACCUUUCUGGAUGUAAAUGAAACGGAGGCAGGGGAAUCUAGGGGAAUUUUCAGAGAUGUUGAACCAGUUGUCGUUGUUUUGGAAGAACCGUUUGUUAUGCGUAGACCGGAGCCCAAAGGUGUAAAAUUUAAAGGAAAUGAUCAAUACGAAGGAUUCACUAUCGAUCUAUUGGAUCGCAUCAGCAAAGAUUUAAAGUUUAAUUACAAAAUAAUCUUAUCACCAAAUAAUGAAUAUGGAGGACCAAGAACGGAUAGAGGAAGGGACCCGAGUGAUGCCGAAUGGGGAGGAAUAGUUGGAGCAAUUCUUGCCCAGAACGCAACGUUAGGUAUGGGUGCUAUUUCUAUAACGUCACAACGACAAUCCGUAAUCGAUUUCAGUCUUGGUGUAGUCAGCACUGGUGUCAACAUCCUGAUAACAAAGCCAGAAGAGGUCCUCAGCAUCUUCCAGUUCCUUACUCCGUUCUCACUCGAGCUGUGGAUGGCUAUCAUUGGUUCUUCGUUUGGUGUGUCAAUCCUCUACUUCGUUUUAGAUUUCAGAAGCAAACAGAGGAUGUUCACUCUAAAAUCUACACUUUGGUUUUGCCUCGGCACAUUGCUUAUGAAAGGAAGUGAAUUUUCACCGAAAAAGACUUCCCAAAGAAUCUUGACGACAGGAUUUUUGUUCUUUGUAUUAAUAACAGUUUCAACUUACACUGCAAAUAUGGCAGCUUUCUUGACGAAGAAAAAUCUAGAAGAGCCAGUUGAUUCUUUCGAACAGUUGGCAGAAAGGGACGAUAUACAAAUAUACACCGUUGAGAACUCAGCCACUAUGAACUUUCUGAAGACAUCUUCUGAGAGUUCUGUGUAUCACCAAAUAUGGGAAAAGAUAGCUCGUGACAACAAUAAGGGCCUUGUCCCUAACGCCACAGUAGGAAGGGAGAAAGUUGAAGACGGUUCUGCAGCUUUUAUCUUUGAUUCAAUGAUAAAUUUAUAUUCUGAAAAGCGCUAUUGCAGGACACAAUCUGUUUCUGCACCCAUAUUACUUCAGGAGCACGGAAUCGCCAUCAUGAAUGGGGCUCCAUUUAAAUCACAACUAAAUAUAGAAUUGCUAGUACUUAAAGAGGAAGGCUUUAUACAAGCCUUAAGGAAAAAAUGGUGGGAGAAUACCCGUGAAUGUGAUGAAGAUUUCCAAAGUAGAAGUUCUAAACAAAUUGAGUUUGACCUACAGCACACUGCCGGCGUGUUUAUUGUUGGUAGCUUUGGACUUGGUGCAGCACUGAUGCUUUUUAUAUGCAAGAAAAUCUACGUGUUAGGACAGAGAGAUAGUGCUUUUCCAGCAAUAAGGAAAGAGGAAAAUUCGUCGAAUGAAAGAAGUCCAGAGGAAAAACUAAUAUACGGGAUAACGGAAGGAAAACAAUCUACAGUCUAGAGGAAACAAGAAAAGUAGUGAUUCUGACCUACACAGAGAUGGUCGAAGCCAUUUUUUUUUGUAUUUGCAAAUU